GUCUGAGCGACUCCGGUGUAUAGAAAAAGCAGCACGCUGUGCCAGUGUCGACGAGUCGAGCCUGCUGUCUCCUGCCCAUGCUGCAAACGUGCGAAACCUCCAGGGCUUGCAGAAAUCUUAAAGGAUCGCUUUUAAGAUCCUAGAAAGAAAAAAAUAGUGCGUCAUUAACCUGCUGGUGAGAGACAAUGGAAGUGAAGUGUGAAGAUCAGGAUAUGGACAACACCUUUGGUGCUACUGAUAGCAACGGGAAACGUCCGGCUGACGACCCUGACGACGAGCAGACCUUCAAACGAUCACGCAACCUGGAUGAGAUGGUGGAACUUCGCGUGCUGCUCCAGAGCAAAAACGCCGGCGCUGUUAUCGGAAAAGGUGGCAAGAAUAUAAAAGCCCUGCGCACUGACUUCAAUGCCAGUGUAUCAGUCCCAGACAGCAGUGGCCCAGAGCGGAUCCUGAGCGUGAAUGCCAACAUCGAGACGAUCGGCGAGAUCCUGCUGAAGAUCAUCCCCACUCUAGAGGAGUACCAGCAUUACAGCGGGAUCGACUUUGACUGUGAGCUUCGCCUGCUGAUCCAUCAGAGCUUAGCAGGUGGCAUCAUUGGGGUGAAAGGCGCCAAGAUCAAGGAGCUCAGAGAGAACACGCAAACCACUAUCAAGUUGUUUCAGGAAUGCUGUCCACACUCCACCGACCGAGUGGUCCUGGUGGGGGGGAAGCCCGACCGGGUGGUUGAGUGUAUAAAAGUCAUUUUGGAGCUUGUGUCAGAGGCACCAAUCAAAGGUCGUGCUCAAGCCUACGACCCAAAUUUCUACGACGAGACAUAUGAUUAUGGAGGCUUCACCGUGAUGUUUGAGGACCGUGCAAGACGACCGUUUGGGAGCUUCCCCAUCCGUGUGCGAGGGGGCUUUGAACACCUGCCUCCCAUUCGAGCCUCCAGACCUCCACCUAUGUCCAGAAGAGACUAUGAUGACACGAGUCCCCGCCGGGGCCCACCGCCACCACUGCCGCUGAGCAGGCCUGGGCGAGGUGGGACCCGAGCUCGCAACCUCCCUCUUCCCCCACCACCACCAGCAAGAGGGGGAGACAGAUACUUACACGGCAGCUAUCACGACGACAGGUCCAGCGAGAGACGAGGUCGAGGCGAUCGCUACGACAGCAUGGGUGGCGGUGGAUACGACAGCAACUCUUCCUGGGAGCACUUUCCAUCUGGUGGCAGAGGCUCCUACAGUGAUAUAGGAGGCCCCGUUGUCACAAAUCAAGUCACCAUCCCGAAGGACCUGGCCGGCUCCAUCAUAGGAAAGGGUGGUCAGCGGAUCAAGCAGAUCCGGCAUGAGUCUGGGGCGUCCAUCAAAAUCGAUGAACCGCUGGAGGGCUCGGAGGACCGCAUCAUCACCAUCACAGGAACACAGGACCAGAUCCAGAACGCCCAGUACCUGCUGCAGAACAGCGUGCGGCAGUACUCUGGCCGUUUCUUCUGAAUCUAAGAAGAAGACAAGCCUUGCUGCCAAACUGUUUAUCCUUUUCUUCAGAGCCAACAUUCCUCUGCUGUGGGUAGACGGGCCCUCCUCCUGCCUCACACCCACUCUAACAUCACUUCUAUCUAUAAAGUGCAUAUUUUCAGUCAAACAGAAAGCAAAACCAGAAACACCCUAAUGUGCCGGCAUUUUAUUUCUCAAGGUGAUUUUUGUAACUUUGCCAACACCCCCCCAGCCCCGGUGGGCCCCCUCCCACUUCAGAACAGCAUGCAGAAUGUAAACCUUUUUGUGGAGACUUUAAUGUGAGCUUUAUUUUUUCACCUUUGAACUUUUAAGCACAC